CGAGCCAGUAGCUGAAGCUUCCUGCAAGAUUGUGAUCUGUUCUCAAGCUUCCUGUGCUCAUUUCCGAAUUUAAGCAUGGGGAAGAACAGCAGGAAUAAUGUGUAACAAUCUGCUGAUGAGGAAAACGUUGAAUCAACCGUAAAAUUAUUUUAAUGGACUAUGGUAAACAAGACUAAGAAACUGGAUCAGAUAUGAAAUCUGUCAGUCAUGCUUUUAUCCUGGAUGGAAUCAGUUGAUGCGCAAGAAGGCAACUGAUCUGGUUCGAGAUGAUGCCACAUCCUCACAGUAUCCACUUCCCAUCCGAUAUCCACCUUCAUUUAUUCCUGGCCACACCAGAAUGGUAAUAUUUAGUAUUUUGGGGAAUCUGUGAUGUUCAGUGUUGCCCUCUCGCUUUUUGAGGUCCUGUCUAUCACUUUUGGUGUCAUAAUACUUUACCCAUGAGAGCCAUAAUGCGCAUCACCUUUUGUCAGGCUCUAAUAACUGGAGCGAUAGUUCUGAACUUGUUCAUUUUAUAUUAUGUGUCGCGAACCCAGCAGCAGAUAAUGGAGAAACGUCGAGAGCAGGGGAAGGGCUUUAAAAAAGCCUCAUUGCCUGUGUCAGGUCUGGGAGCUAUGAGUAGCCUGGUGGGUGGAGGUAUGGUUGGAGGCGUUAAAGUGGGAAGCAUCGAGGGCAACAUGCGAGCUCCCCGCGUGACAGUCCUUGUUCGCGAGUUUGAAGACUUUGAGAACUACGUUGCCGAUGUGGCCCGUUCCUUUUUGCGACAAAGACCAGAGUUGCCCUUCUUGGCUGUGGCUGAUACUGCACCGUACCCUCCUCUGGCACUUCCAGAGGGAGCGCGCCUCCUGGUGUUGUCCCCGAGUCCUGACCAGCCUCCGCAAACUCACCGGCCUGAGUUUAACGUUCAGACGGAGUUCGCUUUAUUGGUUCCAGAUGGUGUUGAGCUCGAUCAUGGCCGACAAGUGGAACGGCUUAUCAGGGAGCUCGAGGGCGAGGGUGGCGGCCCGGUGCGACUGGUCGCAGCCCCCGUGCUGACCCGCUCGGCGGUGCAGUGCCUGCACCUGCGGGUUAAUCUGCGGGAAUGGACCGCAACCUACACCCCUGCAGCUUCGGGGAGCAGCGGUAGCGUUUGCACAGCCCUGCAGGGAGACGCUGUGGUGCUUAUUCGUACCGAGGACCUCUUUAAUCUUUCGGUUCCUUUGGGGCGCCCCCUGAUGUUUUCCCUGUUUGUACAGACAUCUCUGCGAGGCUGGAAAGUCAAGCUGCUAGAAGGACCUUCGUUCUCUGCAGGUCACCGUCCGCUGUUCAGCUCAGCACAUAACCAGUGGAAAGCAGACAGUCGGCUGAAAGAUGCCACCAGUCACCUCAUGCACAGCUUUGGUAUUAAACGCGUGGUGUUGCCAGAUGGACGAGAUCAGUGGUUCGGUUGCAGCAAGGAGAAACCACGAUGCUUUGGUACGGUGCGAGACGACACACCUGAGUACCUUUAUUUGGAGCGCUGGACUCCACCUUGUUGCUUGCGGGCCCUCAGAGAGACCACUAAAUACGUGAUCAACAUCCUGGAGAGCUCUGGUGUGCGUUAUUGGCUGGAAGGUGGCUCUUUGCUUGGUGCCGCUCGGCACCAAGACAUAAUCCCCUGGGACUACGACGUGGACUUGGGCAUCUACCUGGAGGAUAUUCCGAAUUGCGACUACCUGAAAAAUUUGGACUCAGGAUCGCUGGUGGAUGCCAACGGGUACGUAUGGGAGCGAGCGGUAGAGGGUGACUUUUACCGUGUGCAGUACAGUGAAGCUAACCACCUGCAUGUGGAUUUGUGGCCGUUCUACCCUCGCAACGGAGUUAUGACCAAGGACACCUGGACUGAGCACAAACAAGAUGUUGAGUUCCCAGAGCAUUUCCUGCAACCGCUGGUGCCGAUGCAGUUCGCAGGCAUCAGCGCUUAUGGCCCUAACAACCAUCGUGCCUUCUUGGAGCUCAAGUUUGGGGAGGGCGUUAUUGAGAACCCUCAGUAUCCCAACCCUGGCAAGAAAAAGCUAGACAGGAGUCGCACAGCAGGAUCGUAGCAGGCAAUAAUGUUUGGUUUUUGGACUUGAAUGAAAUCCUACUAUCACUGUUAGACUUAACACAUGAAUGUCAGUAUUUUAUGCCAGUUUUAUUUAUUGUGUGUGUGUGU